CUACAAAUAGGGCUCAGUGUGUAUACUGCUUGGGUGAUGCGUGCACCAAAAUUUCACUAAUCACCACUGCAUAACUUACUCAUGUAAACAAAUACCACCUAUUCCUCCAAAAACCUGUGGAAAUAACAUUUUUUAAUGGAAGCAUCCAAAAUGUAAUUUGCUUCCACAUUCUUGUAAGCCUCAUUACAUGUCUCAGGGACAGUUAAUGUCAUCAUACCAAUUCACAGGUGAAGAAAUAGAAUCACAGAGAGUUUGUGUACUUUCCCUGAGGAGAGUGAGGGGUGAGGCAAAUGCAUUCAGGAAGCCUGGGUCUAGAGUUCUCACUUUUGCACUAUAUUAUUUCUGUAAAUUUCUAACUUAAGACUGUAUAGAAAUGUAGAGCGAGACAGAACUAAAGCUCACUACCCUUAGCCCAUAGGGGAGAAGUGACUACCCAGGGCUUGGUAAGUGCUCAGUAAGAUUUGUUGAAAGACAAAUCAGUAUUUCAAUGCUGGGGCAAAGCAGUGAGAAACUGGCGAAUGUCCAGGAACCAGCCACCAGGAUAAGGCAGGACUAGGAUGAAUGUAACAGUCCUCACAGGUCCACCAGGUCAACAACAGAGAGAUCAGAAGCCAAGGGGGCUCUUGUUUGAUCAAGGACCUUUUGUAUACAGACCUGUAGGUUCUGGCACAGUUGAUGUGUGAGUCGUAGACAAGCUACAUGAGAGUGGUUAACGGUAGCAGACGGGCAUUUGGAGCUGGAGAGAAGGCCGAUUCUCCUAAACUGUAUCGGAUUGAGCAGGGACUUAAAGCUUCAGAAGUCUGAGCAGCAAAGCUGAGACCAGGCUCCCUGGGACAGGCUGUCCAUAUGCAUAAUUGAGUUUCAGUGAUGAGUCUCAGGAGGAAAACGUGUAUGCAUGUUUUCCUUAAAAAUACAUUCACUUAUAUUUAGAGAAUCCUUCUGAUGUCUAAAUAUGUCUGCAAAACUUAGUCUCAGUUUUACAACAUUAUUUGGAUAAUAAUAUGAGUAAUUCCCAGUGAAUUUACUUCCAUGUAUCCUUCAAGGAUACUCCAUUUUAUUUCAUACUUGAAGACUGUUAAUAAAUCACUCUCUAGCUAAGUACAAUUCAACGCUAAAGCACUUAGCUUAUCUGACCUUCACAUUAAUUACUUUUAUUACAGCACCAGAAACUUUCAGCCGCUUUUCCCCCUUCCUUAUGAAGCCAUGUGGCCCUAAGGAGCCAAGGCUCCCUUACUACGCUUAAGGGAGGGCUUCUUAGACAUGUGCAUGUCUUCAAAGCUUUCCCUUGAAUGUGCCAAAUAACUCCAAGUUUCCUCAGCAGAUUUAAGGGGCUUUAAAUCUACUUGAGCAUGGAUGUUAUGAGAUGACCUUGAAAUUCUUACAAAAACUGAAAGUGAAAUGAGGAACACAGAUUGAGCAAUCCAAUCAGAGGGCAAAUGCCAGCAAACCUACUGUACAGUAGGGGUAGAGAUGCAGAAAGGCAGAAAGAAGAAAAUUCAGGAGAACCCUCCUGAGGGGUGAGCCAAACCCUGCCAUCGCACGCAGGACAUCAACACACACAGAUAACAGGAAAUGACCCAUUCCCUGUGGUCACUUAUUCUAAAGGCCCCAACCUUCAAAGUUCAAGUCGUGAUAUGGAUGACUCUACAGAAAGGGAGCAGUCACGCCUUACUUCUUGCCUUAAGAAAAGAGAAGAAAUGAAACUGAAGGAGUGUAUUUCCACCCUCCCACAGAAGGAAAGCCCCUCUGUCCGAUCCUCCAAAGACGGAAAGCUUCUGGCUGCAACCUUGCUGCUGGCACUGCUGUCCUGCUGCCUCACGGUGGUGUCUUUCUAUCAAGUGGCCGCCCUGCAAGGGGAUCUGGCCAGCCUCCGGGCAGAGCUGCAGGGCCACCACUCAGAGCAGCUGCCAGCAGGGGCAGGAGCCCCCAAGGCCACCGUGAAGGAAGCUCCAGCUGUCACCGCGGGACUGAAAAUCUUUGAAGCACCAGCUCCAGGAGAAGGCAACCCCAGUCAGAGCAGCAGAAAGAAGCGUGCCGUUCAGGAUCCAGAAGAAACAGUCACUCAGGACUGCUUGCAACUGAUUGCAGACAGUGAAACACCAACUAUACAAAAAGGAUCUUACACAUUUAUUCCAUGGCUUCUCAGCUUUAAAAGGGGAAGUGCCCUAGAAGAAAAAGAGAAUAAAAUAUUGGUCAAAGAAACUGGUUACUUUUUCAUAUAUGGUCAGGUUUUAUACACUGAUAAGACCUAUUCCAUGGGACAUCUAAUUCAGAGGAAAAAAGUCCAUGUCUUUGGGGAUGAAUUGAGUCUGGUGACUUUGUUUCGAUGUAUUCAAAACAUGCCUGAAACACAACCCAAUAAUUCCUGCUAUUCAGCUGGCAUAGCAAAACUAGAAGAAGGUGAUGAACUCCAACUUGCAAUACCACGAGAAAAUGCGCAAAUAUUACUGGAUGGAGAUGCCACAUUUUUUGGUGCAUUCAAACUGCUGUGACCUACUUACACCAUGUCUGCGCUAUUUUCCUCCCUUUCUCUGUACCUCUGAGAGGAAAGAAUCUAACUGGAAAUACCAGAAAGAAAAAAAAGUAGUUACCAUAGCCUUUUCUGUGAGCUAUUUGUUUUGGUUUGCUGAAACUAAUCCAAAACAGGAAAUUUAACAGACAACCACAGCCAAAGAGUGUCAUGUGAAUUACAAGAAAUAGAGCCCAUUUAGGGAAAGAUAGAACUAGAAAGGCUUUUCACUAUAAUUCCAUGUUGAACAAUUUAGUCAUAGCUUCUUAUCUUGGAGGAAGGAUGCAACUCAAAGGGGCAGUAAGAAGUUUGUAAAAUGUGGCACCCAUAAUUUACUAUGGAACAAGUGCCCACAUCUCUAGGACAUUAAGACAUUUGUGAGAAAUCUCAGGAUUCAUCUUCUGUUUUUAUGUUAAAUGCACCCCUCCUUUUCAGUUAACAUUGCAAAAAGUAAAAAAUAAAAAUUUUAGAAAUCUUGCAUUAGACACGUGAAAAAAUAACUAAAAGUUUAAAUUUAAAUGUGAAACAAUUUGGCUGAAAAUCGUAUCCAUAUACUAUGUAAGUCUUUUAUGGUUAUUUCGAGUAUGCAAUUUUUAUCUCUAAUAUAAUAUAUUACCCAGACAUUUUUCACAGGAGAGAGAGAAUAUCCUCAUUUGUUUAUACUCAUGUGUAUUUUCUGUAGUGAAUUUCAGAAAGUUUUAAUGUCAGGUAAUAAUAAUUUAUGCAUAUAAAGCAUUGAUUGAAAAGUAACUACAAUUGUUCAUCGUCAAAAACAUAAUCUCCAACAGAAGUUACUGUAUACAUUUAUACUAAUGUAAUAUAAUUUCCCUUUAUUUCCUGUUCUUCUGUUUCAAACUGCUGCUAUUGUAGUUCACAUAUCCCAAUCUUUAAAAAUAUUCCUCUUAUUAGCUUUAAAUUCACUUUAUAGAUGUUGAGUUUUAAUUGAAAUUCUUGGUGUCCUGCACUAUGUCACAUACCAUGUGCUCCUUAUAUGUAUGGUGAUAUCCCAAAAAACAUCAUCCCAGCUUUCAUUUUAUAAAAUGCCAUACUUGAGAAUGCUGUAAUACUUAUCUUUUAUAACAUGUUUUUUUUUUUUUUGCUUUGCUCAUCUUUUACAUCAACAGUUUAAAGUGUUUACUUCAUGUAACAGUUUACAUCAUUCAACAGUUUAUUAAACAGUAGAUGGAAAAAUAGAUGCCAGUCUAUGAAAAUGUUCCCAUCUAUAUAAAAAUACUGAUCAAGGCCAUACUUUUCAAAACAAAGAAAACAAUUUAAAUUUUAUGUUUAAAACCUAAACUUUACACUUAAACUUUGUUUAAACUUUAAACUUAAACUUUGCUUAAAUAUGUGGUUCCUGUAAUUUUGACUUCAGUAAGUUCAGAUAAAAUAUAUUUUGCAAUUCAUUCUGUUUUACAUUAUAAUUUAAAAAGAAGAAGCAAUAAGUGGGGUCAGAGUUUCAAUGCUGGGAGUGGUGGUUCAUGAUUUCUCUAGUGUUGCUGCUAAUGUGGAUUAACAAAUAAAAACAUUCAUUGCCUUUU